AUGACACUUUCAAAGAUUCUUCGACUUGCGGUUGUAGCUGCCGCGGUGCUGGGCGCCUCCGCACAUGUGAAGCGAACGCCAAGGGAGAUGGUUGAGUAUCACAAGCAGGUCGCGCGCGACUCCGAAGCGCUUGCCCAGUGCCUCGAUACCCCCGAUCUGAAGGAGUUGAAUGCUCGCAUAAUCGUGGAGCGUCGGGAGUCUUUCCAUCGACUUCGCAAGGCCCGCGGUAUUGACGUCGAUGUCCAGCCUCGAGCGGACAAGCCGGCUCUCGAGAAAUGGCAUAAGGUGAAUCACGAAAAGACCGCGGACGUCAAAGGCAAGGACUUCAAGAACGAUGCCUCCCUCUUCGGGUUCGACCCCAAGGCCGCGAACGUGAAUCCUUCUGUUUGCGUCCUUGCCCCAGAGAGCAUUUGGGGACCUUACUUCCAAGAUCGUGAGGCUUACCGUCAGGAUAUUCGCGAGAAUCAAAAGGGCGUGUACCAGCGCCUAGCUCUGCAAGUCAUCGACAUUACCACUUGCAAGCCGCUCCAGGGUGCCCGCGUGGAUGUCUGGCAGGCCAAUGCUCAGGGCCAGUACGCAAAGGAAGUACGAGUCUACACAAAAGAGCGCCCAGAUGUGCACUGGCUGACCGGCGCGCAAGCCACUUCGCCCUGGGGGACGGUGGACUUUGACACCAUCUUCCCCGGCCACUAUGCUGGACGUGCAGUGCACACUCAUCUGUCGGUACGACCCAAGGGGAAGUUCAACAACCCUGAUGGAUUCGUGCACACGGGCCAGCUCUACUAUGACGAAUAUCCGCGCCAGGAGAUCGACAGGUUCGACCCCUAUGCGAGCAACACGCAAGAAUUAGUUCUCAACCUGGACGACGGAUUCGCUCCAGACGCUGCAUCAGAGAAGUACGAUUCAUUCGUGCAAUGGGCUUGGCUUGAUGGUGGCAAUCACCAGGGUAUGUCAUUGACCGGACUGCACUUGAUCAUUUAUUAA